CCGCGGCCGGGUUGGCGCACCAGUUCAAUGUUCAAGCGCUGCGCGGGCGCACACCCCACGAGGCAGUAACAACGCGCGGUAGUCUGACGCGUUUCAAACACGACACUAGUAUACGAUCUAACUGGCACACAAAUAUUUUUACGAACCAACAAACGAACUAGUUAGUGAACUGUGUUUGUUUAAACCUAUAUUAAACAGUUUGUUUAGGAGUUUGGUGAACUCUUCCAUUAUUGAGUUAAAAAUAAUAUGUGACGUCAAAUUCGUGUCACGUCAAGUGCGUGUUAGGGUCUGAAGUGGAGUUUGGACUAGCUAGAGAUGCACACUAUGGAUACCUUGGGCUACGGCCACAAGAAGUACCGGCCACCGCUCUCCCCGAGCAACUUCUACCACCAUGACUACUACUCCAGGCACACAACUCUGCGCCCACAGAGCGAGUAUCGUUUCGCGGGAAGUGGAUACGCUCGGGCCCCGAGCAGCGGCCGCGGCGGCGGGCUGUGCUCGGCAGCGCUAGUUGGCGGAGCGCUGUUCGCUGCUGUUGCUGUACUGGCUGUCGCUGCACUCGCUUUCUACAUGGGCGCUCUACGCCCUGAUAACGGGGAACCAAUAAUGACAUUCGAAGGCACGUUACGUGUAACGCGAGGGGAUGUGUAUGGAGGAGUACCCGGCAGCCCGGCGUGGCGCGAGCGGGCGCGGCGGUAUAGCGCUAGUUUACGCCAGGUGUUUGCUGCACCAUCAUCUUUGAGACAGGCCUUUGCUGGAGUUCUCGUAACUGGCUUCGGUGAUCGGCGUCUCGAUGUACACUUUAGAUUAUAUCUUGAUCGAAGAAAAAUACCAAGUUCUGUAACAAACAUAGAAGAGACUUUAAAAAGCAUAUUAGUUCAAGAUUUACUUUCAAAGCACUCAGCAUUUGGACAAAUCAAAGUGGACACGUCAAGUAUUAUCAUUAAGAGGGAUUUAGAACAUACAUAUCAUUCUGAACAAUAUGUAAAAGAAGCAAUGAAUGAAAGCAUGGCAAUUAACAAUGUUAAGGUUCAAACACCUCCAAAUAUGAAAGACAAAACCUUGCAGAGUCGAAUAGGUGUCGUCCGCAAAACAACGAUAAAACCAAAUCAAUCUUCUAAAAAUGGCGAUCCAGAUGAACCUGAUAUCGAUACCGAAAAUAUACCAGUAGUUCAAGGGUCAUUUCAAAUAACUAAAACAGAAGCAGACAUAACGGAAAAUAAACACAGCGUUAAUCCGUCCCGAGUUGAAGAAAAAGUAAACAGUAAAGGUUUUUCAACUGCGAGAACAAGUACUACUACUAGAUCUUCAACAACAAAAUCUCCAUUCCGAGUCACUAACAAAUUUUCGACUACUACGGCAAGAAAUCGACCUCUAACAAUUAAAUCAACAUUAAAUAUUAAACCAAAGAUUGAAGAGAACCCUAAUAAACAGGCAGAAUUAAACACACGUAAAUCGGUGAUUUCGACAACGACAACAAUGAAAUCAACUUUAUUACCAAAAAUUACGACAACAUCGACAACAACAAUAGCAACAACUACAAAAAAUGUAUCACAAAUUUUAUUUGAUCUUCUUACAAAUGAAAAUCAUGAUAAAGAUUUGCCAAAAAUUGAUACAUUAUUUACUGUUCCUCAUGUAAUCGAUAACGAGCCAUGGAGACCUAUAACAAGGCCAUAUUUUGAAACCACAAGCAAAGAACCACUAUCUGAAGAACCAGUAACAGAACGAGGUGCAAAUGACAGAAUCGGAGUAGCAGAAGUUGUUGAAGAUGCGUCUUUAUUAGAAAGUAUGCUAAGUCCAAUACCUCCCGCCAAACAAAGAGACAAGACUACACGCAGGCCUUCGGGAUUGUACAAUAUAGAUCCCCAUUUAGGUGCUGAUGUGUACAUUCCUAGUCCAGUUUACACUAGUUUUACUCUUCCUGCUUUUCUACCAUCACAUAAGAAUAUGGAAACUCUCGGUUCAAGUUUUCCAAAACCUCAUCCUUUGCCGGUUGACAAGAUAAGUAGUGUUGUCGAAAUACCAGAUGAUAAACGUCACGUUGAUGAUAAUGAGGGUAAACCUAUCGAAAGGCCACCUAAAGACAAAACUACAUCUGUCACUAUCAAUGUUAUACAAUUUGACCAAUAUGAUAACAGUACUGAAAAAGUGUCUAUAGAUGGUAUGUCGAUUGUUAAAAAACAAAACACAACUACAGGUUUCAUAAAAAAUACAACAACAAAAAGUACAACGAAAAGUGACGAAAUAAGUACCACUCCUAUUGUAGACAUUUCGACAAAUAAACCUUUCGAUAAUCAAACAAAAGAUCAUGGAAAAGAAAACACUACUAAACGCCCAAAUAAUAAGGUAUCCAUAAUACCUUCCACUGGUUCACCACAUCACACUUGGGAACUGGUGAACACUUCAACAAACAAUAAUGAUACUACACUGAAAAAUUCACCUCAUAAAUACUAUAAUGACACAUUACAAGCGAUAAUAACAAAAAAUGAAGCAGUUAUUCAAAAUACAACUCCUAGAUUUCCAAGUAAAAUUGCUAUUUUGCGAAAUUUAACGGAUAUCAUAAAAAGAUUUUCUCAAAAUACAUCAGAAAAACAAAAAGAACAUUCAACACAACAUACAAUAAAAACAAGUACUGAAACAGUAACUACAGAAGCCGAAAACCGUCAUAUCCAAAAUGAAAUGACGGUAAGUACAGAAACCGAAAACCGUCAUAUUCACAAUGAAAUGACAGGAUACGUAGAAGUAGUAUCAGAUGAAGAACUUGAGACAACUACCGCUAGAAUUAUAACUUUAAUGCCAGCUAAAUCAAAUUUAGGCUUCAACCGGCCCCUACGACCUAGGCCGAAACCUGAACCACAAGGAACGAAAGAAGAUAAACGCAGUUUUUUAAAUGAAAAUUCAGAAACAGAAUCACUACUUGAUCAUGAAAAUAUUGAAGAUGUUAUUCAUAAUUUAUCUGAAACUAUUCCAGAAGCUUCAGAAGUCGUAACAACCUCCACGAGCAUGAAUAAUGUCAAUAUAGAUAAUAUUCAUCGAACGAAUAGGAGUGCCGCCUUCAGAAUGCCAGAAACAGUCGGUAAUCCUUCAAGUGGAAAUAGGCUCCCUAAAUCUAAUGAUGAUUUACUGUAUUCAAGUAGUGAUAAUUUUAUAAAGGACGUGUUGGAAAACACUAACAAAUCACAAAUACCAGAAGGAACUUAUAGAGUAUCAUAUCAUGUGACGGGAAGCGUGAGUACGAAACAAGCAAACAAAACACAACAGCUGCCAGCGUAUGAAUUGGCUUUAGAACCAGAUGUCGUACUAGAAAUACCUGUAAAUCAAACCACUUCUUUAACGGCAGAUAAACUACGACAACUUGCAAGUUUAGCAACUAUUUCGAAUUUUAACAAUAAUAGCUUAUUUCGAGCCCCAGGAGGAAUCAUUUCAACAAAAGCGAUACCAUCAAGCUAUACACUAAAUUCAGCCGGAUUUAAAAUAUUGACUAAAACGUAUAAUAAAAUGCACUCAUCAAAACAAGAUGAAAAUAUUUUCGACAAGCCGGAAAAAUCAUAUAGUAAACCUCAAAAAUUCAAAGAUGAAGUAUUUGAACAAAUUGAAAUAGAACAGAGUUGCAACAACGAAACAUCUUUUUUAUGUGCUAGCGGUGCAUGCAUUCCUGUCACAUCGCGAUGUAACAGAUUAUUGGAUUGCCCCGGCGGGGAAGAUGAACGGGCGUGUUCGUGUGCAGAUUAUUUAAGGGCUGAGUUUUCACAAUCAAAAAUUUGCGACGGGUUUGUUGACUGCUGGGACUAUUCUGACGAAAUUAACUGUGAAUGGUGUGAAGAAGGUCAAUUUGUUUGUUCUAAUGCGCGGCAAUGUGUAGAAAUGACAAAGGUUUGUGAUGGAACACCAGAUUGUCCGCUCGGUGAUGAUGAAAAGAGUUGUGUCGCUUUAGGUGAUAAUAUAGACGACAAUGAGGUCAUUCCUUAUAACGAAGAAGGGUUUGUUAUGGUGCGUAAGCGUGGUGUAUGGGGUAGAUUAUGUGUUGAAAACUUCGAUGAUGUAGUAACGCAAGCACAUAGCACUCUUAAAUUACCGGAUCUAGGCAGAGCUGUUUGUCGAGCCAUGACUUUUCAUGACUCUCCUUGGGUACGCGAGGCACGAGAGGGUCGGAAGGCCAGUUCUGUAGGAUACUGGGAAGUGUGGCACAACGCACACGCGCGCGCAGCUGACACACGUCUCACAUUUAAACGGUCAUCGUGCGCCCGGCACCGUGCUUUGCGAGUUCGUUGCAAGGACCUAGAAUGUGGCAUCCGUCCACAUGCAGAUGCACAACAACCCAGGGUGGUGGGCGGCGGCGGCGCAGCUGCAGGCGCCUGGCCGUGGCAAGCGGCACUCUACCGCGACGGAGACUUCCAAUGUGGUGCUACACUCGUUUCAGCUCAGUGGCUGCUCUCAGCCAGUCACUGUUUCUAUCAAGCAACAGAAGCUCACUGGGUGGCUCGUCUGGGCGCAUUGCGUCGCGGUGCGUGGCCUCGUGGACCCUGGGAGCGAGUGGCGAGAGUGCGUCAAAUAGUCUUGCAUCCUCGAUACGCACCACGAGGUUUUAGGAACGACAUAGCGAUGUUACGCGUCGACCCGCUGCCGUUGCACGCCCGUUUGCGGCCCGCCUGUCUGCCUCCCCUGAGGGCCCAGCCGCCCGCUGGACACCACUGCACGGUCGUUGGAUGGGGUCAACUUUAUGAACAUGAACGUGUCUUUCCGGAUACGCUACAAGAGGUCGAGUUGCCGGUGAUCUCAACGGCAGAGUGUCGACGACGAACACGACUACUGCCUCUCUAUCGUGUCACUGACGACAUGUUUUGCGCGGGCUAUGAGCGCGGUGGACGUGACGCGUGCCUCGGAGACUCAGGCGGACCUCUCAUGUGCCAGGAGGCUGAUCGGUGGUACAUUUACGGGGUGACAAGUAACGGCUACGGAUGCGCGCGUGCCAACCGGCCCGGCGUCUACACGAAGGUAUCUAAUUACAUCGAAUGGAUAGACAGUGUCAUGGCUACUUUCACGCCCGAGAAAAACGAAACUUUUCCUUCGAGCGACGAGCAAUAUUCCAGUGAAGAUUUCUACUCAGACUUGGAAGCAGCAGAGAAUAAACGAAUCAUCCACAAAGUAUAUGACUCUUGUAAGGGGUUCAGGUGUCCACUCGGUGAAUGCUUACCGGCUUCUAGCGUUUGUAACGGAUUUCUAGAAUGUUCCGAUGGCAGUGACGAAUGGAAAUGCAGUGAAAAUUCGAGUAGAUAUAACCCAGAUUGAGUCAAUACUGUAUAUAUUUAAUAUAAGCCAGUAAUAAUAGAAUAAAGUUAUUCAAUUUCGACUGAUACUACAUAAGUAGAGUGUAAGAUAUUAUAUGCUAAUUACAACGCAAGGAAAAUUCAAGUGAGCUGAUAAUCUGUAAUUUUUUUUUUAUAUUAAAGAUCGUGUACGCCAUGAACAACGGGCUUGUAUAUAUAGCUUUAAUUAUUGUAUUGCCCACUCUGUUGCAUUGA